GAGAGAGAGAGAGAGAGAGCGAGAGAGAGGAAGUUCAUCGCUGGAGGAUCUCACACUUCUCCCCGCAACCAGAGAUCAAACAUGACGGAAAUGUAAAAGAUGUUCAGUCCAUCCAGUCCAACCCAGAAGAUCAGUGUAGAGGCCAGCUCUGGAUCUGAUGAAGGAUCAGAGGUUAGCCUGGAACCUGAGACAGACCGGUUUGGAUUCAUUUUGACCAAUGGAUCCACAGCUGGGUGUGUGGGCCCACCUCCUGGGCUGGUCAGGCAGAGGGAGGCCAAAUGGAUAAGCAUCAUCAGCCAAUGGGAUCACAUCUUGUUGAAGAAGACUAAUAAGGUCAGAGUGCAGUGUCAGAAAGGCAUCCCGGCCUCUCUCCGAGCAAAGUGCUGGCCUCUACUGUGUGGAGCAACUGACAUGAUGAAACAAAAUGAAACUCUCUACAAGUCUCUGGACUCACAGCCUGCUCUGCAGAGCUGGGUGGAUGUGAUCGAGAGAGACCUGGACCGACAGUUUCCUUUCCAUGAAAUGUUCCUCUCUAAGGAUGGACAUGGGCAGCGUGGUUUAUUUCGGGUGUUGAAAGCUUACACUCAGUACCAACCAGAGGAGGGUUACUGCCAGGCACAGGGGCCUGUGGCUGCCGUGCUGCUCAUGAACAUGCCAGCUGAGGAGGCAUUCUGGUGUUUGGUGCAGAUCAGUGAGCGGUACCUGCCGGGGUACUACAGCCCGCUGCUGGAGGGAGUCCUGUUUGACGCUGCCAUGCUAACCUGGGUCUUGAAAAGGACGUGUCCAGCUGCACAUAAACACCUGCAGCAGCACGGCGUGGAGCCGCUCAUGUUCACCACAGAUUGGCUGAUGUGUCUCUUCACACGCCACCUGCCCUUCAACACGCUGCUGCGAGUUUGGGACCUCUUCUUCUGCUUUGGCGUGCGGGUGCUGCUCCAAGUGGCGGUGGUGCUAGUGCGUCGGGUGCUGGGCCGGGCCGAGCAGAGAAGGCAAUGUGAUGGCCAGAUGGAGACUCUGGAGAGGCUGAGGGGAGUCAGGGAUCAGAUCCAGGAGGAAGAUGACACCUUUAUAGCAGAGGUGUGCUCAGUGCAGCUAUCAGCCAAAGAUCUGGAGAAACAAACUGAGAAGCAGUUAGUAAAGUGGAGGAAGGACAGACCCUCAUCAUCCUUCGACCCCAGGGGUCGCUGCCACGGAUACCGUAUGGCGUGGGCUCAGGCUCAACACACAGAGGAAGAACAGGACAAGAGAGAGAGAGAGAAAGGGAACCUGUCUCUCCCUCUGGCUCGCUCGGCCUCCACUCUCUCCCUGUCUCCUUCUUUGCUUCAGAAGUGGAAGAAAGGCGGGAAAGGCAACACAAGAGAGUGGGAAGGCGGUGCUAAAGUUGUGAGGCAUCUCUCGAUGGGAGCAAAGGAGGACUGCAGGAGCUGGUCUGAGUUACACUUCAAGAAAGUGAAAGAGGUUCAGGAGGAGGAGGACGAAGACAUAGUUCCAGCUGAAUGCAAAAAACAAAGUGAGCCCAAUCUAAGAGGACAAACUGCACAAAAAGAACUUUUGGAAGUACCUGAAAAAAUUGACAUAAUCCAAAACAUACCAGCCGAGCAUGAAGAAGAAACAGUGAUAUUUAAAGAACAGGCUGAACACUCGGGAGAGAGAAUCAAUGAAGAGGAGAAAAGUCACGUCAGAGAGACAGAGCAAAGCAAACAGCUUCUAGAACAAACAGGAGCACCACCAAGAAGUCCAGCAAAACACCAGAGUGCUGGAAAUAUUCUUAACCCCUCUGAAGACAGGCCCCACGAUCAGCAGUGUCACAGAAGCGCACACCAAGAAACUGAAGUAAAAGAGGAAAACAAUGAGACAGCAAAACAAACAGCAGAGAGUGAACAACCAGCUGCUGUGGAAGAUAAUAAGACGGAGAUACAGAAAGAUGAUGUUGCAGAGUCAAACACAGAGGUGGAGUCAGGAGGAAGUGCAGAUCUAAGUGAAGAACAGAUGAUUCAGUCUGACAUGAAACCAGAGGAGAGCUCAGAAACUGAAGAUGUGCAACAGAUGAAGGCGGGAAGAGUCACAGAAGUUUCUGAAACAACAAAUGAGACAAGCCCAGGCUCGGAGACAGACAGUGGAGACGAAGCUCAAACUGUUAAGGAUCCUGUUUUUGAGACGGAGAUACAUCAACAACAAGAGGGAAUCACAGAGAAGGAAAACAGCUCGCAGGAAGAUGCAUUUCAAGGAAAACACCUCUGCAUUGAGUUAUUAGCAGAAGAAGACGUAAACGAAGAGUCCUGCUCUCAUGCAGAGACAGAAACUGGUGGGCUAGCAUAUAAUCCAGAAAGAGUAGAAACAACAAAUUCAGAACAAAUAGAUUCAGAAACAGAAACAGCAUCAUUAAUUCUUGUUUACCUGAAUGCAUCGAUUCAAAAGAAGGCACUGAGUUAGAGGCUAAUUCAGACACUGAAGAGAAAACAGCAGCCAAUAAUGACACAGUGACAGACACAGGUGAAGCAUUUGCUGAUAGUUCAGAGAAAGAGUGUGACCCUAUUGCGUGUGAACAUACAAAAGAAGAAAUUUCCGCUUCAGACUCGGAGGAAAAGCUUGAUAAUGAUCAAACACAAGCAGAGGAAACAACAGCAGACAGUCGAAUGAAUGAGGAGUGUGCUGACUUCUUAAGAGCUCAAACAAAUGCUGAAAAGGUUCAUCUCACAGUUGAGGUUGAUGAGAAAACAAGUCCAUCGGACAAUAAAUCUUUGGAGGAACCUUCACCUGAAGAACCAGUCUGUGUCUCUAAGGAGGAAGAAAGUAUAGAAAAUCCUCAAACAAAUGCUGAAAAGGUUCAUCUCACAGUUGAGGUUGAUGAGAAAACAAGUCCAUCGGACAAUAAAUCUUUGGAGGAACCUGCACCUGAAGAACCGGUCUGUGUCUCUAUGGAGGAAGAAAGUAUAGAAAAUCCUCAAACAAAUGCUGAAAAGGUUCAUCUCACAGUUGAGGUUGAUGAGAAAACAAGUCCAUCGGACAAUAAAUCUUUGGAGGAACCUUCACCUGAAGAACCUGUCUGUGUCUCUAAGGAGGAAGAAAGUAUAGAAAAUCCUCAAACAAAUGCUGAAAAGGUUCAUCUCACAGUUGAGGUCGAUGAGAAAACAAGUCCAUCGGACAAUAAAUCUUCGGAGGAACCUGCACCUGAAGAACCAGUCUGUGUCUCUAUGGAGGAAGAAAGUAUAGAAAAUGUUGAGGAAAACACAGCAGGAGGGGACGAUGUCUUUGGUUCUACAGACUCUGGUAGGAACCUUCAAAUCCAAGACAGAGAUGUUGCCAAAGACGAGACUGAGCCGAGUCACAGCGGCCAGACACAAGCCUGUGAGCGUCACAACAGUAAGUCUUCUGGUGAUUUAAACGUCUUCAAGUCAUCUGUCUCGCGUAGGUCCUGGUUGGGGCGUAGGCUGUCUGAAGAUCUCUUCGUCAUGCCACAGAAAACCAACCAGUCACAAUCAAUAACCAAUCACCAAGAAGUCCAACCCGCUGAAUCAAAACCCAAUCCGAUAGCUGUAAACCCAACACAACCCCAAGAAGUCACCUCGUCACUGCCUGCAGAAGUUUCUAAGGGGGCUUACGCCCAGGAGGGACGGCAGCCGUCCGACCCCCCUAAACGUUUUGGUCUCUUCCGCAGACUUAAAGGAGAGCAGUCAAACAAGGCCAAGGCAAAAAGGACACCAAAAAUACAAGUGCCCAAAAUCCUAAUUCAGGACUUUAGCGAUGGCACAGAGAUGGGGAAACUGGUUAAAGAUGAGGAUCUGGAGAAUCUAAGCUCCAGGGAAAGGAGGAGGCGGCGGAGGGAGCAGGAGAGGAAGGAGAAAGAGGAGGAAAGGCUGAGAAAGAAGAGAGAGAGGGAGCUGGAAAAAGAGAGGGAGCGAGAAAGGAGGAGACCAAAGACGAGUGGAAAAAGUUCCCAGGUUCACAGAAAAAAGGGGAGCACUGAUGAAGCUCAACCUGCAAAGACUGGAUCAGAGGCGCUCGGAUGUACUUCUCCUUACGCUCAAUCUUACUUUUGACAGGACAUUUUUUAAAGUUUGUUUUCAAAUCUGAAGUGACGAGAAAGUUUUUUUUGUUUUUUUUUGCAGAAUGGACGACACAUUGGUUGAUGUUCAGAGAUUCAUCAUCCUAAUUCUUUGAUACUUGAACUUCUUGACAUGUAAAUAAAUAAAUAAGUUUUAAAACUUUGA